CCCGCCCGGACUGUUUUAUUGACGCACGCGCAUUGAGGCCCAACAAAGGGCCGAAAUAAGAACGGUUCGUAAGUGAAUCUGAUGUAUUUAUGUCAUAAAAAUGGUGAAAUCUGUGAAGUGGCGAGUAGAAAUUAGAAUAUUCGACGUGUCGAAUCAUGACCGAGGCAUCUGAAAAUGCCUAUCUGGUGCGUGUGCGAGCGCAGGUGAUGUGCCGCGACGAGGGCACGGGCGGGUGGGUGGCGCUGGGCGGCGGCGGCCUGGCCGACGUCAUGGUCGGCAAGCGGCCCGCGCCACACACGCACAGGAUAUCCGCAGGUGGGGAUAGUAAUAGCGACACGACAUCCACCUCCGCGAUCGUGUCGACGCCCACGCACGAAUACUACAUACACGGCAAACGGAUCAGCGAUAAUAUGGUGGUGUUAGAAUGCACGGUGAAGAAAGACUUCCAGUACAACAAGGUGAUGCCCACGUUCCACCACUGGGUGACUGACGAGAAGCGGUUCGGGCUGACCUUCCAGACGGCUGCAGACGCGAGGGCCUUCGACAAGGGAGUCCGGACUGCCAUCGAGGAGCUGUUAGACGGUCUGGGUGGGGCAUGGCCAUCACUUCACGCGUACAAAAAACACAACCCAGCGCCCAAAGAGGACGACGAGGAACAAAACAUCUUCGAGUGCCUGAACCUGCCGUCGGGGGGCUCCCGCGAGGAGGGUCGGCGCGACCUGCAGACUCCCAUCCUCGCGCCCAUCACGCUGCCCGCACACCCGCUCAACGGACACGAGUCGAUGAAGCAGUACGAAGUGCAGUACGACGAGAAGACCAGCACCGAGGACGACAACGAGAGGUGCCACUACGUACAACUAUCCGCCGUGCACGAGUACACAUACCCGCAGGGUCAAGGCGUCAUUAGCUCGGAGAAGUCCACGCCCAACACCAAGCCACCGCUACUCAAAAGGGACUCAGGGUCGCUAAAGAAGUCCACGUACACCGCGCCUCCGCCACUGCCAGGGAAGAAAACCAUCGAAACCUUCCAGGGACGGCUCAAAUGCAGGCACUGUCACGAGUGGUACCUGGAGAGCGCCAACCGCGCCGGCUCGUGCGAGUACGCGCCCGACUGCUGCCGCGCCUGCGUCGACUGCGUGUCCUGCAUCAAGUGCGCGCAGUGUCUGGUGUACCACUGCGGAUGGGACUCUGAGGGCGACGCCGUGAACCGACCCUGCGCCUGCGCACCGCCUCACACCACCUGCGCCGUGCGAUGGGUGGCGAUCGUGGCUCUGAGCCUGGUGGUGCCGUGCCUGUGCUGCUACGUGCCGCUGCGCUGCGCUCACCGGGCAGCGGCGCGCGCGCACCUCGCCGGCGGCGCCCACGCGCCCCACCACCACCAGCCCAGGGACCACGACUAGCACCACACCGCCGGGGGACACGUGCCAGGACCCACGGACACCUAAGUGGAUAUCCCGGAGAAUAUCCACCAAGUAUGAGGACUGAAACUGACCUCUAUGGAAGCCAUGGAAAGCUAUAUGUGACACCCCGGACUAUAUCCUGUGAGGACCUCAAUGGAUUAACAGAAUCCAAGUUGUGUGUGAAGUGAAAAUUGAAAUUCAUAUUUAAAUGUGUUUUAAAUUGUUUCGGUUUAUCUGAAUGCUGCCAUAAAUGUUUAAAAUAUGUCUAAAAUGUUAUAUGAUCUAAGCGGUGCAUUGUGUGGGGGUUUAAUACAAAUUUCGAAAUAGUAUAAGUUGCUUAAUGGCAGUUCUGAACGGUAAUCUAGAGUUCAAAUAGUGUUGAUACUGAACUGCGUAUACCAAUAUUCUUGGGUGUUGGUCUCACGAUCCUAUUCCCUACUCAUGGGUUGAAGGCUGGGACUUGGGUAUUUAAAUAUCGACUGUCGAUAAAAUUAAUACCAAAGUUGAUACCGAAUGUCAUUUGGAAUCAACAAACACCCUGUAUAGUGGUAUGGCAAUCCCCGCAUCACAACUGUCAGUCUUCCAUGUUACACAUUUUAGUGAUUUCCUUCGAGUGACGGACAGCGAGGACAUUGAAUGUAAUAUACAAAGUUAACAUAUCUAUUGUUAUAAUUAUAUUUGACAUUUUAAAAGCUUAUUUAUGUGUCGGCGAAGUUUGGGCGCCAUCUGUUAUUUAGUUGCAACAUGGAUCUGAGAGGUUUAUGAAUGUUGAUGUUUUGUACGGAAUCUGUAGUUACUGCACGUAUGCAUUUAUUUAUUCUCUUGUUGAAGGGAAAUUAAAGAUCUGAUUAGUUUGAAAAGUCAACGAUAGAUGGCGUUAGCUGUGUUCGUGUAAACUACCGCCAAAUGUACAGGUUGUAAGUGACGCCCGAACCGCGCCGAUUGAAUGUAUUUGUACAAAAUAUUGUACUAUAUAAGAAUUUUAAUUAAGCGAUACGGGUAAACGUUACCUGAGGCGAAGUGAUCUCCGAACGGGGAGUUUGCGUUAUAUUUCCAUCGAUGUGUAAAUUUUAAUAUUGUACUGUCACUUGGAGCGUCGAGCGGCCGCCGUGUUCCCGUCGGGUCCCGCCAGGUCCCGCUGGGUCCCGCCAGGCCCCGCCGGGUCCCGCGGCCGCCGCGCCAGCCUUAGGCGAGUUAAUGUUCGUUAAUAACUUUACUAAUGUAUGUGACGUUUCUUAUACGUAGAUGUAAGUUCAAACAAUGUUCAUUUAAUUUGUGCGAAAAACUUUCUAGUCUGCUACAUCAGUAUUUCUAUUAGCCGUUACAGAUUUAAUUGUAUUUAAAAACUGACCAAAAAUGUUUUUUGUAUAUUUAUAGUAAGUCGGUCGGCGGCGGCGUCGCUCUGGACUACAGACGGUCGUCCAUCGCAAAUCACACACAAAAACAGUUACAAAUUGGUACAAAAUAUAAAAUCCUCUUAGUUUUUAUAAGACACAGGGCUCACUUAUGAAAAUUAAAGACGAUUUUGUAUUUUCUCGCGUACGGGAUCGCACGGGAUGCGAUAGCGAACGCGACGCGACAGGAACGUAAACAAAAACCGUACUCAGAACCCACUAGAUAGAGUCUAGAAUCGUGCGACAGGCGCCUGUGGGGCGGAGCGCCGCCGCGGCCGCAGUUACUCCGCAUUGUCUCUGAGUGGAACUGUUCGCAGAGAUCGGAUGCGCGCGUUUUGUCUAAACUUUGCGCUGCGUUAGUGUAUGAAGAGACUUUAAUAGUUCAUUAAAUGGUAUAUCAAUGUUUUAGUGUCUCAUAUUGUAAGUGUAAGUGAGGUGAAGUGACUGUGGGACGCUAAUGCGCAUACCUCGGAGUUUAAAUUCAUGUAAUUAAUACUAAAUAAAUAAUCGUACAUACAUA